CCGGAAAGUGGUGUGCGCCUCUGUGACGCACUUAGUGCCACGCUGGCAGUUCAAUUGACAAUUGCGGGAUUCGUGUAGCGUGUGUUCGACGCAUCCUCGUGUGAAAAACAACAACAAACGGUUAUCCGAGGAGCUGGUGAAUCGUAUUCUUCUAAAGUUCCUUAACGUUAGACGUGCGGUCUAAGCGAGUGGCUCGAAAGUGGCACGUUAGAAAAAUGUUCGUACGAAGAACGUACAAGCUUUCAGACUCUCGCUCUUUCCUUCUGUGUCCCUCUCUUGCUCUCCCGAUGCAGUAAAAUCUUCAGGGUGGGGCGAAGAGGCCAAACGUCCGUCCGUCUGUCCGUGACGGGCUCUUUUGCUCCGUUAGUCGGCUGGUGUGUUGUAUCGCGUCGAGGUGCAACGUCGGUGCAGUGCACAGUGUUUUUGAUGGGAGAAUAACGCGGUGCAUACCACAGGCACACGCAUACACACCGAUAUACGACUCGUCACAGUGUUUGCGUUAAUCAACGAGAAUCGAGAUGUCGUCGGACAUGAAUCUGAUGGAUUUCCUAUUCCCGCGGGAGGAUGCGUUCUUGAAAGGCGAUAUUAAGGACGAGCCUUUCAUAGAUCAGACCUACAACGACGACGCCAUCGCAGCGGAAGAAUGGCCGACGAACACGGACGACUUCCUCGACUCGAUCUUCAAACUGGAGGAUAAUCAGUUCAGUUUGAUCGACAAUGAUUUAGAAACAAUUCCGUCCUCCUCGUCGGACAGCGGACUCUCCAGUGCUCUCAGUUUGUCCUGUGAACAACAGUUGAGUCCUCUGUUGCCGAUCGAGGAGGAUCAGGUGGAAAUAAGCAACUCCGAGAUGAGCAGCCCUCAGAAUAUCAUGGACUUCGAGUCUUUAGGCAGCCCAAAUCAAUCUAUGGACAGUCCGGUGAGAUCGGUCAUCAGCUCUAACAUCGAUUCGCCCGGAGCUGGAGAUGUUGCCGAAGAAAUGGACGUCGAGCACACUCUCGUAGCGGUUGUGAACCCGAAUAACACGCUCGCGGAUGGGAACGCUAUUGUAACGGAGCAACCGGUUGUCGAUAUAGUAGACAAAACACCGAAGCAACAGAUACACGUUGCAUCGCAGGAAAGCAACACGAUAAACGUUCGCAAUAUCACGUGCAAUGGGAAAAGAAAUAGUAUCAGACAGUUGAUACGCGUCACGCCGAUGGGUUCCGGAAACCCGAGGUCCAUUUUACUGCCGGUUAGUCUGAAAGAUAUGAAGGAAGUGAGGACUAUCAAAAUCAUCAACGCGUCGCAAGCGAGGAAUUUGAAAGGGUUCAAAAUCAAUCAGGCUAAUAUAAUUAAUAAACCAGUUCAGAUGACCAUUAAACAAGAGGAUUCGAGCAGCGAGAAAGGUUGCAACUCGAGCGACGAGGUUUCAGAGACCGAUUCCCCGUACCCGAGGCUAAAACUGAACGCAGAAGAGAAACGUUUGCUGCAAAAAGAAGGAAUUACCCUGCCGACUCAUUAUCCGCUGACAAAGUACGAGGAACGGGAAUUGAAGAGGAUCAGACGCAAGAUUCGCAACAAAAUAUCCGCCCAGGAUUCGCGGAAGAGGAAAAAGGAGUACGUGGACGGGUUGGAGGAUCGGGUGAAGCAAUGCACCGAGGAGAACAUGACGCUGUUGAAACGCAUCAAGGCGCUUCAAUUGCAGAAUCAGAGUCUGGCCGGGCAACUGAAACGGCUUCAGGCACUGUUGCAAAAGGGCAACAAGAGCGCCCAGCCAGCCACUUGUCUGAUGGUCUUGUUGCUCUCAUUGGCCCUCGUUGCUGUACCGAAUCUGCGGCCCCACUCGAAUACCAACAACGAACUCUCGCAGGAACAGGAACAGCCUGAAAAGAUGCCACCGUUAGCAGGACGUUCUCGAACAUUGCUGUACACGAAACAGCUGAUGGACGAGGAGCUGCAGCAAUACAGCGAGGAAUUGCUGCAGGAAGUGGAGGGACUUCUGGAUCACGAUUACAGCCCCGCGAUCCAGCCACCCCUCUACAAACGUCCUCGCAUGGACAUGGAACCGGCGCCGAAAUGCGUCUCGUCUUCGGAUCACGUUGGCGGUACGCUCUGCGGACGACAGGAAAUCAGUAUGUCGAAUACGGCUAGAAAGUACAUUGAACCACCAUUGGAUGACGUCUGGCCACCACCUAACCCAGGCGGACAGCAGAAGGUGGUCGAUAAACUCGGAGCGCUAACGAACGAGCUGAAGAUCAACAUCUCCGAUUCCGAGGGCACGAGAACGGUCCUCGUGAAGGUGCCCCAAGAACAAUAGGCAAUCAUUUCUAUCAUUUUUCUAACCCUUUGCGAGAUUUCAAAAAUUUUCUAAACAUGUCCUUUUGAAAUAAAAUAGAAAACGUGCACUGCUCGGAGUGAUUCCACAGAAAUGUAAUUAGUAUCUUAAAAAUGCAGUAAUUACACUGUUCUACGUAGUGAAUAGAAAAAGUUAGGAUAAUUAAAAUAUUAUUUUCCAUCGCUUCGAGCAGCAGAUUGCAAAGGGUUAAUCAGUGAUAAAAGUAAGCAAAUAUGCAUACUUUUUCGUACAGUUUUCUGCGUGAAUAUUUUAUCGAAAUUGCUGAGAAUUCGACUACCUUCUUGUAAUAGCCAUCGAGAUAAGGUUGAAGAUUUUUCUCGACGAAUCUUAAUAACGUUAAGUGUCUAGUUUCUUUGUUCUUUCUUUUCGUAGAAGAAAAAAAAACGCACGGGUAUCUGUGUUUCGUUUCUACCCUCGUGUGUUUUGCGUUGAGACAUCGAAGAUUAAUCGCGCUCUUACUUAUCGCGUUGCAAUUUCACGAGUUUGAUUUAUCACCAAUCCUUUCGUCUGUUAGUCAAAUGCAUCGAUCGUUUUUUAGGUAAUUUUUCAAAAUAUUUUUAUCGAUUCAACGACAUUUAACGUUUAUCUAUUUAUAAGGAGAAUUUAUUACGAGAGUUUUACAAUUAUUAUUGCUGUUGCCGAUGGUAAGAGAUAUUUGUAAAUAGUCACGAUACGAAUCGUAAAAAAAUGACACAGAGAUAUACAGGGUGUUAAAAAAUACCCUGAAGACCUCUACACCGCUGGAUAGAUCACGAAAAAUCGAAGUGAACAGUUCUGUAACAUUUUUCGUGAUCUAUCCAGCGGUGUAGAGGUCUUCAGGGUAUUUUUUAACACCCGGUAUAUAUAUAUAUAUAUACAUAUAGAUAUAUUGAAGAUAUAUCGUAGCUUUAAUUUAACGAGAUACAAUUUAUAAUUCUGUACUAUUAUACACGAGAGAAGCUAUUUACAAAAGUAUAGUAUACAGAUUGCCGGUAACUCGUUGAUGAAGUUUAUUCGUAAUUACACAGGAAGAGAUGUGUAGCAUGUACGGUUUCCAUCCUUUGAUACAGUGAUAGAUUCGACUAUUAGAUGGAUCAGUUUCGUCGUAUAUUUUCUGGGGGUUGGGCAAAGUAGAAUUAAUUUAGUAUCACACGAAAGGUUUGCGAACGAUCCAACGGAAGUGAUAACCUGCUACGACCACGAUUAACCGUGAAACGUAUUUAAGUGAAUACACUGAGUGUUAUUAACACCAGCUCUUGAAGACUGUAUCAUAUGUUUAGUCACAUAAUGACGUUUUCUUCAAAAAUGAACGCAUAUUCCUCGUUAUCAUCCUUCAUUUACUUUUAAGUUAAGUUAAGCGAUCAUCGGACAUAUUUUUACUUUAUAUACGGCAAGCGACACGAUGUUCGUACGUAACACGUAUAUUCACCGAAUUGUAAAUAAACACACAUACACUACACAUGCAAUGAAAAACGUUUCAUCGAUCGUUUAAUAGUUCGUACUUAUGUUUAAUCAUUAUUAUAAUUACUAUUCUCUGUUCGACGAAACUCAAGGAAGAAGACAAACGCGCACAGUUCGGGCUAUUUUCUUUUUUUUUAAGAAUUUCGUGCACUUUCAAAUAUUGUCAUUCUUCCAAGAGGGAAUCGUAAAGUACACGUAUAUGCGACUGUCGAGACAAGAACGAUUUUUAUUUAGAUAAGUUCAACGAUACAUUCCUAUUCCAGUAAUGUUUAUUCAAAAAUAGAACGAUUCUAUUUUUGCACGUAUGUAAAAGGGUUGAAGGUAUUACACUCUAAAUUUGAUUCAGUAUACGUGUAACGACAUUAGGGAAUAAAAGUUACAACCUGAAUAUCA